AUGUCGAACAUCUCCCUGGCUAAAGCUCAAAUUGAGCGUCUCCAUGAGGACCUUUCUUGCGAACUGUACGACACCUCAACCCAUUUCAUCCAGGAGCUGUUGCAAAAUGCCGAUGACAACAAGUACGACUGCGAGACGCCUACAAUGAGGUUUGUCUACAAGCCAGGAAGUCUCCGUGUCGACUGCAAUGAGCGGGGUUUCGAUGCUAGCAAUGUUGAGGCCAUCUGCACCAUCCGCCAGAGCACGAAGGCUGGCAGAAGGGGCUACACUGGAGAAAAGGGCAUUGGCUUCAAGAGCGUCUUUAGGGCAGCCGAUGUUGUUUGGAUAUCAUCAGGCGCGUACAGCUUUAAGUUUGACAAACACCGGAGAUUCGGCCUCGUCGCCCCUCUUUGGGCCGAAUUCCCUGAGCCGAUACAGGAGGGUUACACUUCCUUCUUCUUCCAGCUUUCCCCUCAAUUCGACGAGAAGGAACUUGUGCAGAUGCUGUUGAACUUUGAAGCUACCCAUAUCCUAUUUUUGAGGCGGCUGAGGCAUGUUGAGCUUGAAGUAACAUCGUCAGAUGGAAAGGUAUGGACGAAGAGUAUUCACAGGACUGACACAACUGAGGACGGGAAUGCCGUUUCCUACCUGGAGUCAGGAAACAUCAGAUUGAAGUAUCUAAUGUACAAGCAUCAAGUGACCAAUCUUCCAGAAGAGACCAAACGUCCUGGUUGCACUGAUUCAGACCUUGUGUUGGCAUUUCCGUUCUUGGACCGCGACGAGGAGCCUCACGAUGACCCCCAGAUGAGACUGAACGAGAGCUCGAUGCGGUACUGCUGGCCAUUCUUCAUCAACUCAAACGACAAGGUCUCAGCCUUCUUUGAACCAGCCGUGACUUCGGCCGUGAAUGAGCUAAAGGCCAAGUGUGUGUUGGAAUCUAUGGCGAAAACGAACACGAAGCCAUCCGACCUGUUUUACGUCGACCCCGGAAAAUUUGUCGAGGAAGACGGCAUUCCUCUCACUUGGCAUGAAAUGGUAUCGGGUCGCUAUCUAUCUACCAACUACCCACUGUGGGCAAUCGAUUCGAUCAAGGCACUGGGUGCCGCCUCAUUGUCGGAAGACGCUUUUCUGGACCACUUGUCCUCCAAGAUUGGGAUUGCGGCCGAAAUUUCCUCUCAAUCACCAAAAUGGCACUCGGCGCUAGCCAAGGCCCUGUUGUCCUUGAUCAUGAACCCCCUGUACAAGCAGAGGCUACAGAAGCUCCGGAUUAUACCACUUUCAAGCGGCCGGUGGAUUUCAGCAUCACAAAAGCCAGCACCGAUGCUCAUGUCAAAGAAGUUCGAGCUCGCUGGCCCCUCCAUCGACGAUUCAAUUCCAACUGUAGAUCCCGAGGCCGCGGCAGAUCAGGCGAGAAUGAGUCUGUUCCGGGCUCUUGGCAUCAUGUCCAUCGACGGAACUCGUCUCUGCGAGUGGAUAUACGAUCAGCAUCGCUCAAAGUCGUUUAAACCCCAUGAUUGGACAGUAUCUCAGCUGGUUGGGCAUUUCAGGAUUCUCUAUGAGUCAAACUGGGCGCCGGCGGGGAAAGAUCUAGACUUGUGGUUCGCUACCAAUAAUGGCGGUCGAUGCAUCGGGUCCGAGCUAUACCUGGGGCCAAAACCUGGAGCCAGAACCACUCAUGCUUCAGAUAGAGUCGUUGACCGACUAGUGGAGACCUUCCCUUGCAUUCACCCGGACUAUUUCAGUGCACUUUGGCAUUCUGAAUCAGACAGUGGACCUGAGGAUCCGCUUAAAGGUGGUCGAGACAUUGGGUUCAAGCCAUCCCGCCGAUGGGCAGCUGCAGUUGAAAGAUUUCGCUACUCCAAAGAACAAUGGACCGACUCAAGAAGACGGAUGCUUGACGGAACUGAAAAGAUGGAUGUCUUCCAAUACAACCCUCUGGACUUUUCUACCACCUUCUCGCUUUUUGGACCAGACAGUGGGCUUGGAGAUACAAACAGCCUCUUCCUCCCCCGACGAACACGCCUCAUCACUCCAAUCACUCCCAUCACUUCCAUCCCGGACCAGCUUAUCGAGAGUGUGUUUUCCGAAACAGCGUCCCAACACCGUUUCACAAAGUAUCUCACCACAACCCUUCAAGUUUCCCGCAUACCUCGCCUGGUAAAGAUUAAGUCUUCAACCAACGAGUUUGAACUCUCCGACGACUUUAGGUUCCUCCUGUGGGAAUGUCCUGUUGCCGACGUCCUUCACGUGCUGCUUGCGCAUUGGCCCUCCUACUCCAAGUGGCUUGAGAUGUCUGACGAAACAGAGAAGGGAAAUGCAGCCAUGUAUAGAACGCGCCUUGUAGCUGAGAUCAGCCACUCAGUAGUCAAAACCUCGCAGGGUGCAUUGCGUCUCUGCGAUACCUUCGCACCUGGACUCGAUCCGUUAAUCGAAGACACUAUGUUGCCCGUCCUUGACCUGAGGUUUAGGAAUGGGGAGUUGGGAGACAAAAAAAGUGUCAAAGCGAUGCGACAGAGGUUGGGUUUGUUUGAGGUAAUCACUGACAACACAAUCCACUACUACCUUGCAUGCUUGAUCUACUUGAGGCGGCAAUCAUCCCCGGACGCCGAGACGGUCGCCUACGUUUACGAGCAGAUACAGUCUCGCUAUGACGAGAAUGAAGAGACUGUAGAGGACUACUUCGGCCAGAGUAACUUCAUAUAUGCCCAGUCAAAGUCCUUUGAAAGCGACUCGAACCGCUAUCGCUGGGUGGACAUCGAAACAUGCAGGAGGCUGAAGAUCGACCCCGCAGCCCAGUAUCCUCGAAGUAGCAACCUCUUUCAAUGUCUCUUGGCUACUGGCGGCCUCACCCUCGCUGAGCUGGUGCAGGAAGCGGCCGGAAUCACACCGGCAACUGAUACCCAGGACAUCUUGGAGAUUUUUACCGACAUCAGCAAAAUCCUCCCCGUAAUCAGCAGAAAGAGAGCCUCACGCACCCUCAAGUCCCUGUUUUCCAAACCCAUCUUUCCCGUUGAGAUGGGGAAGGGAACAAAGCCUAGGCUCAUGUCGCUAGAGAGCAAAAAAUGGUUCAUUGCUGACCGAGUUCACUUACGACGGGCCUUCCUCGGGAUCGUGAACCUCUUGGCCUUCACCCCCAAGGAAUUGGAAGCUAUAGAAGAGCUCAUCCAGGCCUUGAGUUUGAAUUCAAGGAAACUGUCCGUCGCUGUCAAGUCAGAGAGUCUCCCAAGCGGAGAGUUGAAGUUCGACCAUUCACGCACCAGAGACUUUGCCAUGAGGUCACACUUCAUUGAAGUGCUUAUUCCCAAGACACACUCCAAACAUGAGCAGUUGUUUCGGGAGAUUCAGCACGUGCGAGUCAGCACCUCUGCUGAGGUAUUCUUGACGCAUACUCUGAAAUCUGGAGCUAAUCAGGUUAUUGGCCGGCGUGAACGCAGCCCUGUAGCAUGUUCAGCGAGUGGGAACAUUUUUCAGGUGUUCAUCGCCGAAGAAUGCAACAUGUCAAAAUUACCCGUCACUGAAAUUGUUGAGAUGCUGUCCGACCAUUUCAAAAUCGACGACCCCGCUCACUUGGUGCUGCUCUACACGCUGUUCAACGAAAAAGUGUAUAGCAAGAUUCAAAAAGCAUUUGCAAGGCAAGGAUUUGACAUCUGUGAUGCCACCAAGCAGUUGCCCUCAAUCAAACGCUACCACAGCAGUUUGGACUCGAUCCCUUGCCCUUUCAACAACGGUUCCAACUCAAAUGACUAUGACAACUCAGAGCCGUACUUUGGGAUCCACCUUGAAAGGUCAUCAAAAAGGGGUGGACGGGAUGACGUGCUUACUUGGUCGAGCAACGAUGAAGACAGAAGACUUCCAAUUCUGUGCUCUGCUGAUGAUCACAUGACGGAGGAGGAGGAAGAGGAGGAAGGGGAGACAGCAGUCGGGAGCCCUAGACAUCACUGCGAACGCAUGAUAUCGCAGCUUUUUGAGAAGAACCUGGGCCGAGCUUAUAAUCCGUUUAAGCACUGGACAAGCCCGCUCCGGGAACCAAACGCUACUGCAGAUCACCAAAACGCGUCACCAUUCACACUGAGUGGCUCGGGUCUGUCUGAUCGCGUCACGGAUUUCCUCAUGGAAAACGGUACCCCCAACAUUGCACAAUGGCACGAUUGGAGGCCCACAUUUCACUUUGAGCUUGCCAUCUCGGCUGGUGGCCUCAACGACUCGUUUGAAUGGACGUCUACACAGCUGACAAGGUUUCUAGAUCUUCGGCUUCCAACCGACCCUUAUGCCGAGGUGCAUGACGUGAUGGUCCUGAUCAGGGUCUUGAACAUCUACACCCAACCUGAGUUUCAAUUCUUUGUCAAUCCAUGGGACCUCGUCACUUCAGGACGCAUCCGAUUCAAUAAGGAUUUCGUGGUGUCUGCCACUCUGCAGGAAGCUGGCCCCGACUCUGGGGCGCUGCGCUUGUUAAGUGAAAGUAACGCGGGUCCCAGCGGUCGAUGGACGACACAAGCUUCUUUUCCGAGCGACUACAGCCAGUUCCAAACAGCUUGGAACCCUCAAUACGCUUACCAAACUGGGUUCUCAUACUAUUACCCAUACAUGGAUGCGAUCCCGCAACAAUACUCAGUCCCUGUGUACGGCCCUGCAGACUACGGAAGCACGAUUCAGCCUAGCCCUGCGUCUAACCCAAUCAAGGCCAUGUCCUGGGAUACAAAGGGCAAAUACUCGUACAAGCGCCUAAACAAGGACGAAAUGCGGCUAUUGGUGCUCUUUCCUGGACGACCUAAGGAUCCCCUACGAGGCGUGCUCUACUCUACGCCCUUCGAACAAGCGGGAAGUUAUGCUGCAAUCUCGUACGUGUGGGGAGAACAAACGGUUAGGUACAAGUUGCUUACCCCUGAUGGUACUUUGCAUAUCCACGACUCUCUGUAUCGAGCUCUUGUUCGUCUGAGGAAGUCUACUGGAGUCACUGUACUUUGGGCGGAUGGCAUUUGUAUCAACCAGAAUGACAACGAUGAGAAAUCCCGCCAGGUUGGGCUCCUGCCGCACAUCUUCCAGAAUGCCUCGGUUACUGCCGCAAUGCUGGGCUACGACACCAAGAUGGGCUCUGCCGUGGAGGCAUUGAAAAACUUGAGGGAUACCCAUGUUGAAGAUCCCGAAUCGGCAGAAUUAUUGCCCGAGGAUUGGGAACCAAAAUGGGCCUUGAUCGCCGAACUUUUCAACAACUGGUGGUUCCGAAGAGCCUGGAUCGUUCAAGAAGCGGUGGCUUCUCCAGAAGUUGUGCUAGUCUGCGGUAAUUCUACAAUUAGCUGGGAAGAUCUCUUCGCUGUCAUGCGAACUCUCGACCAACAUCAGCAGCUUCCAACAACUGUGGCAACCGCAUGGCGUCCGUUUCAAACACUCUCAUGGCUACGAAUCUGGGAGGUUCGUGAAACACGUUGGUCUGUACUGCUGUUACUAGAGACCUUCCGCGACGUCAAGUCGUCGUUGACUCGAGAUCGAUUCUUCUCACUCCUUGGCAUUUCCUCUGAUGGAAACCUGCCAGGCUUCACACCAGACUACCAAUGCCCUCUUGAGGUCGUGGUGUGUUCCUUUGCACGUGCGCUUGUCGGUCAAGGAAUGGGGAUGCAGCUCCUUCAUGGUGCUGGAAUAAGCUCACAACCACACCGGUUCCCGUCUUGGGUCCCAGACUGGACAGUCCCAAAGCCGCCAAGUCUGAGUACAUCCCGCAACAAAGGAGUCUUCUUUAACGCUUGUGGUAAUACGGAGGCACGGAUUACAUGUCUAGAAGCCGACAGCACUACCGCAAUGCUUAAGGAGCUUGAAGUUGAAGGGUACAUUGUCAGCACCAUCAAGUGCAUCAGCAAAGCUUCCAACGAACCAAGAUCAUGGAGUCGGUACUUCACUGAAGUCGAUGCCAUGGUUGAUCAACAGAGCCCGUUAUUCUCCGCACAAAAACGCCAAGACUUGAAGCGAGAAGUUCCUAUCGCCAACGCCAAGCAUCCUCAGGUCGCCGUCCCAGGAGGGCUCGACCUUCCCCAGUCCUACCAAGCAUUCCGAAAGAUUUUGAAGAAGGAGAAAUACACCAAAAAGUAUCAGAAGAAACGCAGCUCAGCCAUGGCUUCCGAGUCGGUGUCCAACGCAGAGUCGCAGGAGAUGGGUUUGAUGAACAAGAGCAAAAGUUACGAGUUGUUACUCGGUGGUGGUAUCAAAGGCUGGAGAUUUGCCACCACUGAAUCGCCCGAUUGUGGAAUUGUGCCUAGCAAUGCUCAAGAGGGCGAUAUAGUAGUGGUAUUCGCUGGGGGUUCGAUUCCUUUUCUUAUCCGCAAAUCCACUGAAAGGGAGGCAAAGAGGUAG